AUGGAGAAGCGGCUCGUUGCGGCGGCUGUCACCGGGCCUGUCCCGGGCGUGCCACCGGAGCUGGCCGCUGCGGCUGCGGCACAGGUUCGGGUGGGGGAGGAGGAGGUUCGGUUUUUGGAGAGUCCGAGAGAGUGGAAUCUGGUGGAUCACCGGGGGGAGUUUCAGUUUAAUGCUAUCUUUGCAUUCCUGCGCAAGGCACAUGUGUGCGAGCCGCUGCUGCUGCAGGCACUCUUUUUCGCCCACCGCCUCACCCUACACGAUCUGCGAGCGUGCAAGAAGUGGGUGCUCAUGCUGCUCGUUGUUCCCAACCCUUGCUCCCCCCAUCCCUCUCUUUCCAACCCCUCUGUCCCCCACUCCCCACAGCACUAUCGGAGUCUCUUCUUUGCCCAUCGCCUCACACUGCACGACUUGCGCGUUGCUUCUUUCCUCUUCAACCCACUCCCCCCUCCCCCCUCCUCUUCAAAGCCUGUUCUUCGCACAUCGUCUCACCCUACACGACCUGCGGGCGUGCAAGAAGUGGGUGCUCAUGCUGCUCGCGCUGCUUCUGGGCUUCUCCGGCCGCCUGGACGAGCUAAACAAGAAAGACCUCGUGCAAGCUAUAGCCUCUCUUCCCACGCUGCUGCUCGCGCUCCUUUCCCCUCCUUUCCCCCUUAUUAUCGCCCCUUUCCACCCCUCCUACUUCCCUCCCUCCACCCCUUCAUUCCCCAUUCCCCACAGCACUACCAGAGCCUCUUCUUUGCUCACCGCCUCACACUACACGACCUGCGAGCGUGCAAGAAGUUGCACUAUCAAAGCUUGUUCUUUGCACACUGUCUCACCCUACACGACCUGCGGGCGUGCAAGAAGUGGGUGCUCAUGCUGCUCGCGCUGCUGCUGGGCUUCUCCGGACGCCUGGACGAGCUAAACAAGAAAGACCUCGUGCAGGCUAUAGCCUCGACAGACGCUUGGAAGGGGUAUGAGAAAAGGGGGAAGGAGUAUGAGAUAGGGGGGACUGGGAAUGCAACCAAUAGCUCAGGGCUCACGUCUCAAGGCUUGAAGAAGAAAGGGGAGGUCGUGCAGGCAAUGGCAUCGACGGACGCUUGGGGUGGGAGCGGAGAACGAGGGAGUGCAGGGGAGGGAGGAGUGGUUGAGAUGGGUUCAGAGGCAGGAGCAGGAGCAGUAGCAGGGGCUGGUGGGGGGGCUGGGGCGGCUGGAGGAGCAGGAGCAGCAGUAGGAGGAGCAGAAGCAGCGAGAGCAGCAGGAGGAGCAGCAGCAGUGGAAGCAGCAGGAGGGCGGGAUGUUGUGAUUGCAGCAGACAGGGGACGCACACAUGCAUCAUCGUCUCCUUCGUCUCUUGCCCCUCCUGGCGCUACCCCUGCCGCUACUCCUGCUUCCACUCCCCCUCCCCAUGUUCCUGCCACUAACGUCAGCAGUAAUCAUGCUAAUAAUAGCACAGCCCCUGCAAUUAUUAGCAAUCAUGUCGAUAUUGCCAAUAAUAGCAAUGAUGCCGAUAAUGGCAAUUGCUCCAGGAAAAGGUCUGCUCCAGGGAGAAUCCGGCCAAUCAAAUGCGCUCGUCUACUGCCGACCUCCCGCCAGGACCGGUCGGCAUUCCUCGUCCGCGUCCGGCAGGCGGGGGACGACGAGUUGGGCGGCGUGCUUCGGCAGUUUCUGGAGGAUCCUAAGCACUGGGCGUGCGCGCUGAAAGGGGGCGUGGUUGUAACGAGACUGGGGAAGUUCAUAAGGGAUAUGGCGGAAAACAACCCAACGAUGCUGGAGCCCUACCAGCAGGCCUUCUUCGCUCACGGCAUCGGCAUGAAGGAGCUGAGGGGGGAGAAGCGCAGUGCCCUGGAGCUCUUUGCAUACCUCAUGGGAGUCACAGGCAACAUGCGGGCAUGGAAGAAGCACCGGCUUUUAAAGAUCAUGUCUGAUAUGCCAGCCUGGCAGAUUCAUGCGACGCGAUUGGACGAGAUGGGCUUGGGGGGAGGUGUGGGGAAGAGGGGGUGUGGGGGGAGGAGGGGUGCUGACGGGGAGGCUAAUGGGGAAGGUGCAGGCGAGGGGUGCUCAGCUGCUGGUACUGGGGAGGCUUGUACAGAGGAUUGGAGGUCUGGAGGGGUGAGAAAUGGAAUGGGGAGGGGAGCAGGCGAAGAGGGAGAGGAGGAGGACGACGAGGAAGGGGAGGAGGAUGAAGGAGAGGAGGGAGGAGGAGAGGAGAUGUUUGGGGGAGCUGAAGUGAGGGAGAGAGAGGGGCAGGGCCAGAAGGUAGGUGAUGGGAUGAGCUGUUCUCGUUGCCUGCCGAUUGCUGGCCUGGUGCACUGGCAGAGGGGGGAGGGGCAGAGGAGGAAUGGUGAUGGGGAUGGGCGGAUAGGGGAGGAGAAGUGGCGGGGAAUGGGGGAGGAUGGGAAGGCGGAGGGGGGUGAACAGGUGGAGGAACGGGAGAAAGGGGACGAGAACGGGGAGGGGGCGGGGGAGGGGAAGGGGGAGAAUGGGGAGAAGGAGAAUGAAAAAGGGGAGGAAGAAGGAAAGGAGAAGGGGGAGAAAGGGGAAGGGGAUGAGGAGACCAUCAGGACGGCCUGUGCUCUGGCCGAAUCGACAGUCGAGUCAGCACCACAAGCUGUAGCAUCAGGGUGUUUAGCAGGAGAGAUAUCAACUCCAGAAACUGUAGCACCACAAGCUGUAGCGCCAGAGGCUAUAGCACCACAGGUUGUAGCACCACAGGAUACAGCACCAAAAGCUAUGACUCCUAAGGCUGUAGCACCACAACCUGUAGCGCCAGAGGGUUUAGCAGGAGAGGUGUCAACUCCAGAGGCUGUAGCACCACAAGCUGUAGCACCACAAGCUGUAACACCACAAGCUGUAACACCACAAGCUGUAACACCACAAGCUGUAGCACCACAAGCUGUAGUGCCGGAGGGUUUAGCACCAAACUUUGCAGCUCCAGACGCUUCGGCAGGAGGUGCACUGGAUUUACGUAGUGGUUCUGAGACUGUUGCAAACGGUGCUGUGGGGUUGGCAGGGGGCUCAGACGCAUGUGGUCUGACUGGUGUGGUUAGGAGAGCACCAAGGGUUGGCAAGAGUGGGGAGGGAGGGGAGGGAGGGGAGGUGGGGAAAGGUGGGGAGGGAAGGGGAGAAGGGGAAGGAGGGGACGGAGGGGAGGGAGGGGAUGGAGGGGAAGGAGGGGAAGGAGGGGAGGGAGGGGAAGCGGGAGAAGGGGGGGGAGGAGGGCCAGAUGAAUCACAGAGGAAGUCAGAGCCAAGGAGCCGUGCCAAGGUGCCGCAAUUCUUCCGAUACCUGCGGCACCUGCAGAGAAUAGGCUCGCCGCUGCUCAAGAGCCGUGCCAAGGUGCCGCAAUUCUUCCGAUACCUGUGGCACCUGCAGAGGAUUGGCUCGCCCCUGCUUAAGAGCCGUGCCAAGGUGCCCCAGUUCGUCCGAUACCUCCGGCACUUGCAGCGCAUAGGCUCGCCACUGCUCAAGGUGAAUGUUUUCCCAGAUGAGAGAUGUGUUGGGCGGGGAUGGGGUUUCAGAAGCACCUACACUGCGCUUCCCUCCCAGCCUUCCAAACCCUCCUCAACUCUCGAAACACCCCAUUCCUCCUUCCGCAUUCCCCGCUCUCCCCUCUGGCCCCUGCAGGCCUAUCGUGAAAUCUUCCUGUCUCACGGCCUCUCCUCCUCUCAGCUCCUGGCAGUCAAGAAGCAAGUGCUGAUGCUCUUUGCUGCCCUCUUUGGGAUCUCAACCAUCCAAACCCCUCUUCUUCCCUCCCCUCUCCCCUCCCUUUCUCUCCCCGGUCCCCCUGCCCCCCUCCUGCCCCUCUGCAGGCGCAGCUGGACGGCAAGAGCAAGGGGCAGUACGCUCUUGGGGGGAGGGGGAAGUACCACUUCUCUCCUCCCCUUAUAUCCCCAUUCCUCCCUCAUCUGUUCUCCCGUCUUUCCCCCCCUCCCCCCUCUCCCCCUGCAGGCCUAUAGGGAGAUCUUCCUGUCGCACGGCCUCUCCUCCUCGCAGCUACUGACCAUCAAGAAGAAAGCGCUGAUGCUCCUUGCUGCCCUCUUUGGGAGAGAAGAGCACUCCCCACAAUUCGCUCUCCUCCCCCUCCUGCCCCAUCUCCCCGUCUCCCUCUCCCCUCUCCCCACCACUCCGCCCAUCCCCCCCUCCCCCCCCUUCCAGGCCUAUAGGGAGAUCUUCCUGUCGCACGGCCUUUCCUCCUCUCAGCUGCUCACCAUUAAGAAGCAGGCGCUCAUGCUCCUUGCUGCCCUCUUUGGGUACCGCAGGCAGCUGGACGGCAAGAACAAGGGGCACUUCGCCAAUGCUUCUCUCCCCAGUCGAAAACGGUCCCUCUCAGAACUGCUGUUCCUGCAAACCAGCCAUGCUGGUUCGAACCAGCAGGCUCGGACCGAGCCUGAUCUGGAACCCGAGCCUGUGGCUUGUGCUGCUGCCGCCGCCGCUGCUGCUGCUGCUGCUGCUGCUGCUGCUGCUGCUGCUGCUGCUGCUGCUGCUGCUGCUGCUGCUGCUGCUGCUGCUGCUGCUGCUGCUGCUGCUGCUGCUGCUGCUGCUGCUGCUGCUGCUGCUGCUGCUGCUGCUGCUGCUGCUGCUGCUGCUGCUGCUGCUGCUGCUGCUGCUGCUGCUGCUGCUGCUGCUGCUGCUGCUGCUGCUGCUGCUGCUGCUGCUAGCCCUGGUUCAGGUGCUCUGUUGCAGCUGGAAAAGUUGCAUCAGGAGUUCUGCCAGAUUGUGGAUCGUUGUGGUGAUGCUGGUGCUGGUGGCAGGGGGAUAGCAGCCAGUGCUGCUGACCCUCGGGGAAAGGGUGAGGGAGAUGAAGUCUUGAGUUGCCGCAAGUGCAGUGAGGACACGACGAGGGGAGAGGUUGAGGGUGUUGGAGAAGUGAAUGGAGUGGAGGGAGGGGCAGGAACAGGGGGGAGAGUGGAUGGGCAGGGUGGGGAUGUGGGAGUGUUGGAGUAUGCAAAGGAGGGUGCGGGAGGAGGGGAGGAGACUGUUGGAGGGGAGAGGACGGGAGGAGGGAAGGAGGUGCUGAUGAGAGGCAGAUGGCAACGGGCAGUGCAGCUGAGCUGGCUCUCAGCAAUUGUUGCCCAGUGCGAAUUUCUGAAUAAAGAACAUGGAUUAUCAAUGUAA